AUGACAGGGCAAAUUGACCAGAUCCUCCCCUUCGUCAAGAAGACUGGAUAUCAGCCGGAUUUUGCUAUGCUGAUCCGAAACAUCGUACAAACAAAUCCUGACAAAGGUGCUGAAUUUGCCAUCGCGCUUGCAAAUGACGAGAACGGACCACUGGUAGAUAUCGAGCGAGUUGUUGAUGUCUUCCAAUCUCAAAACCUGGUUCAGCCAGCUACGGCAUUCCUUCUAGAUGCGCUCAAAGACAACCGGCCCGAGCAAGGUCAACUGCAGACACGCUUGUUGGAAAUGAAUCUAAUCAAUGCACCCCAAGUUGCCGACGCCAUACUUGGCAAUCAAAUGUUCUCCUACUAUGACAAGGCCCGGAUUGCCCAGCUUUGUGAGAAUGCUCAGCUCUACCAGCGAGUCCUAGAGAAUACCGAAGAUCCAGCCGUGAUCAAGAGGAACAUCGUUCGUACCGACAAGCUCAAUAAUCCCGAAGGGUGGCUAGUCGACUACUUUGGACGAUUGUCUGUUGAUCAGUCACUGGACUGCUUGAAUGAAAUGCUCAAGGCCAAUAUUCGUCAGAACCUUCAUGCCGUCUACCAAAUUGCGACCAAGUACUCUGAUUCAUUGGGACCACACCGUUUGAUCGACCUGUUCGAGAGGUAUCGAACAGCUGAGGGCCUGUAUUACUAUCUGGGUAGCAUCGUGAACCUGAGCGAAGAUCCGGAGGUCGUUUUCAAAUACAUUGAGGCUGCCACUGCGAUGAAGCAGACUACAGAAGUCGAGCGGAUUUGCCGAGAUAACAACUUUUACAACCCGGAAAAGGUAAAGAAUUUCCUGAAAGAAGCCAAAUUGACGGAGCAAUUGCCACUAAUUAUCGUCUGCGACCGCUUCAACUUCAUACAUGACUUGGUUCUUUACCUCUACCAGAACCAGCAAUUCAAGUCGAUCGAGGUUUACGUUCAGCGCGUCAAUCCUGCAAGAACACCGUUUGUCAUCGGUGGACUCCUUGAUGUUGAUUGCGAUGAAUCAAUUAUCAAGAAUCUUCUCCAAUCCGUCGAUCCUGCCUCUAUUCCGAUUAACGAUCUCGUUUCCGAAGUCGAAUCACGGAACCGCCUCAAGCUGCUUCUACCAUUCCUCGAAGCUACACUCGCCAGUGGGAACCAGCAGCAAGCUGUCUACAACGCACUGGCGAAGAUUUACAUCGACAGCAACAACAACCCCGAGAAGUUCCUCAAAGAGAACGAUAUGUACGACCCGUUGACUGUUGGUAAAUACUGUGAGAAGCGAGACCCCAACCUCGCAUACAUUGCAUACCGGAAAGGCCAGAACGACCUCGAACUCAUCAACGUUACCAACGAAAAUUCGAUGUACAAGGCACAAGCUCGGUAUCUCCUCGAGCGAGCUGAUCCCGAGAUCUGGGCUUUCGUUCUUAACGGCAAUAACAUCCACCGACGUUCGCUGGUUGAUCAGGUUAUUUCGACCGCAGUCCCUGAGUCUACUGAACCCGAGAAAGUCUCUGUAGCUGUCAAAGCAUUCCUGGAUGCCGAUUUACCCGCCGAGCUCAUUGAGCUUCUCGAGAAAAUCAUCCUUGAACCGUCUCCAUUCAGCGACAACGGCAGCCUUCAAAAUCUGCUCAUGCUCACAGCCGCCAAAGCUGACAAGGGCCGUCUGAUGGAGUACAUACAUCAACUCUCGGCUUACAAUGCAGAAGAGAUAGCCAACAUGUGCAUAUCGGUUGGCCUGCUAGAGGAGGCAUUCGAAAUCUACAAGAAGGGGGAGAACCAUGCCGCAGCAACAACCGUGCUGGUUGAGCACAUUGUCAGCAUUGACCGUGCCCAAGAGUAUGCCGAGCGCGUCGAAAUGCCCGAAGUCUGGAGCAAGGUUGCCAAAGCUCAACUAGAUGGUCUCCGUAUUGGUGAUGCGAUUGAGUCCUACAUCCGUGCAGAGGAUCCAAGCAAUCACAAUGAAGUGAUUGAUAUUGCUACUCACGCUGGAAAAGACGAAGAAUUGGUCAAGUAUCUGCGUAUGGCACGAAAGACUCAGCGAGAGCCAGCGAUCGACACCGCUCUUGCUUUCUGCUACGCUCGACUGGACCAGCUAAGCGAGCUUGAGGACUUCUUGCACUCUUCCAACGUUGCGGAUGUCGAAGCUUCAGGCGACAAGGCUUACGAAGAAGGCUACCACCCGGCUGCGAAGAUCUUCUUCACUAGUAUCUCGAAUUGGGCGAAACUUGCAACAACGCUUGUGCAUCUGGAAGACUAUCAAGCAGCCGUCGAAUGUGCGCGGAAGGCAAAUAGCGUCAAAGUUUGGAAGCAGGUCAACGAGGCCUGCGUCGCAAAGAAGGAGUUCCGACUGGCUCAGAUCUGUGGUCUCAAUUUGAUUGUUCAUGCCGAAGAGCUUCCGAACUUGAUUAAACAAUAUGAGCGCAACGGCUAUUUCGACGAGCUCAUAUCGCUGCUCGAGGCCGGGCUGGGUCUUGAACGUGCGCAUAAGGCCAUGUUUACGAGCCUUGGCGUUGUGCUGUCCAAGUAUCAUCCUGAUCGGGUGAUGGAGCAUCUCAAGCUGUUCUGGGCCCGUAUUAACAUGCCUGGGAUGAUCCGCGCUUGUGAGGAAGCACACCUAUGGCCUGAACUGAUCUUCCUCUAUUGUCACGAUGACGAAUGGGACAAUGCUGCCCUGGCGAUGAUAGAGCGCUCUUCCAAUGCCUGGGAACACCAUUCCUUCAAAGACAUCAUCGCCAAAGUCGCCAACCUCGAGAUCUACUAUCGCGCUCUCAAUUUCUACCGUGAACAGCAACCAACAUUACUUACGGACCUACUUCAAGCCCUGACUCCUCGUAUUGAAGUCAACCGGGUAGUGAAAAUGUUCAAGAAGACUGAUGACCACCCCCUCAUCAAGCCGUUCUUGCUUAACGUUCAAAGCCAAAACAAGAGGACUGUCAAUGAUGCCAUUAAUGAUCUGCUUAUCGAAGAGGAAGAUUACAAGACGUUGCGUGAUUCAGUUGAGAACUACGACAAUUACGAUUGGGCAGAUCUUGCAUCACGGCUUGAGAAACAUGAACUUGUCUUCUUCCGGCAAAUCGCUGCCAACAUCUACCGCAAAAAUAAGAGAUGGGAGAAAUCGAUAGGUUUAUCCAAGCAAGACAAAUUGUACAAGGACGCGAUUGAGACGGCGGCGCUCUCUAGCAAGAGUGAUGUCGUGGAAGACUUGCUUCGUUACUUUGUUGAUAUUGGCAGCCGAGAAUGCUACGUUGGCAUGCUCUACGCUUGUUACGAUCUCAUUCGCCUCAACGUCGUGAUGGAGCUGUCCUGGCGUCACGGUCUUACAGACUUCAGCAUGCCUUUCAUGAUCAAUUACAUGAGCCAGCAGGCAUCUACGAUUGAGGGACUCAAGAAAGAUAACGAAGAGCGCAAGGCUCGCGAAGCAAAAGAGCAGAAAGAAGAGGACAGCACGCCCAUCCUGGGAGGAUCGAGACUAAUGCUGACGCAAGGAAGCAGUCCCAUGCCAGCACCUUACUCUCAGACCAAUGGCAUAACUCCUCAGCCCACCGGCUACCGAGCCUUCUAG